AUGACUGUGAAGGCGCUGAUGCCCGAGGCGAGGGAGGUGCACAUCGAUGGCGUGCAGACCACCCUGCCGUUGCCGCCGGAUUUUCUGCAGCGGCAAAAUAGCCCUCUCUCUGAACUCUCACGCGUGCGCAGCCCAGCGGCCUCGGUGGCGUCCAAGACGACCAAGGUCGAGGUCACCUGCACCGGAGAAAAGGCGGUGAAGGGCGCCGUAACGUCUACCAGGCGGUUGAUGAAGAUCGCUGGUCUGGGGCUCUUCCUGGUGAUUUUCGCUUUCGCCUUCUUCGGAUGGCCCAGCAACGUGAUCGAAAACGACGACACCCACCGGAAGAUCUUGGCGGCGCUCUUUCUCACGGGGAUCACUUUAGUGGCCCUGGAGGAUGUCAUCAACCUGGACAAGUCUGCCAUCAUGCUGGUAUUGGCAUCAGUCAUGUGGACCUAUCAUGCCGCCGGCUUCCACCCGACGCACUCCCACGAGGGCCAUGACGAGUUGCAGCAGCAGCUCGCGAAAGGCUUGGCGGAUGUGGGCAGCGUGAUUCUCUUCCUGCUGCCAGCCAUGGGCAUCGUGGAAUCCAUCGACCAUUUGGACGGCUUUUCGGUGGUGACCGCCUUCAUCGUACGUCACACCAAAGACAAGGCAGAUCGAUUGAUGCCAUUGAUUUGCUUUCUCGCCUUCUUUUUGAGUGCGGUGAUCGACAACCUCACGGCCACCAUCGUGUGCGUGAAGAUCCUGAAGAGGGUGGUCCCGCACAAACAGGACUGGCGUCACUCCUGCGGCGGCCUCACAGUGGUGGCGGCCAACGCGGGAGGCGCCUGGAGCCCGAUCGGCGACGUCACCACCACGAUGCUUUGGAUCAGACACAAGAUCUCCACCACAGGCACCAUCACCUGGCUCUUCUUUCCGUCCUUCGUGGCGGGCGUGCUGCCCCUCUUCGGGAUUUGGUGGCAGGCCAAGCGAUGUGCGCCCCGGGACAGUGAGGAUGAGAAAUACAGGCAUGAAGACUUGGUGGCGACCUGGGAGAGCAAGGUAGCACUGCUGGUCGGAAUGCUGUGCAUCUUGACGGUGCCAGUGGUGAAGAUGGUCACAGGUCUGCCGCCUUACCUGGGAAUGAUGAUGGCCCUUGGCACCUUCUGGCUGGUCACCGAGAUCACCGAGCUAGGAAAGGUCCGCAGAGGCGACGAGGAGAUGGGCGGCAUGGUGGAGCAUGGCAAGCACGGCGUCCCAGCGGCUCUUCACAAGGUGGAUUUGAGCAGCCUCCUCUUCUUCACGGGGGUCCUGCUCUCCGUCGCGGCGCUGGAAUCUGCCGAGGUUCUUUCGCGCUACUCGGAGUUCAUGAACGAAGCCACGGGCGGGUCGCCGUUGGCGCUCUCGGCGAUGUUGGGCAUCUCCUCUGCGGUGGUGGACAACGUGCCGUUGGUCCAGGCCUCCAUUGAGAUGUUCCAUCAGCCGAUGGACGACCCCCUGUGGCAGCUGGUCGCACUCUCCGCCGGCACAGGUGGUUCCAUGCUGGCGGUUGGCAGUGUGGCAGGUGUGACGUUGAUGGGCCUGGAGCAUGUGGGUUUCCUCUGGUACAUGCGCCGAAUCUCUCCGUGGGCUGCCUUGGGCUUCGCCGCGGGCAUGGGUGUCUACGCACUCCAGCGCAUGAUUGUGCUGUAA